GAAAUAGAAAUGCAGAAGCUGGAAGCUGAAAGGGAUUCGCGGAAGAGAGCCAGACAUCUUGAACUGUUGGAAAGGAUGAGAAGGAAGGAAGCUGCUAUAGAUGAUUGGGAAUUGGAGCAAACCAGGAUAGCUGUAGAAAAGAUGAAGAAACUUCAGCAAAAAUUUCAGAACAAGUUAGAGACGAAACACCUUGAAGUUGCGGCCAAAACCCAGAAGAAACUAUGCUUGCUGAAGCAAAAAGCGGAAAAACAGAAGAGAAAUUUGAGGCGAACAACAAUAGAGAGGAUCUCUACCACUACAAAUAUCUCUGGAACACACACUUGCAGUUGCAGAGGAUUCACAUGUCUCAAAUUUGGAUCAAUCUGUUAAAAUCCAUAAUGUAUUAUAUUACUUGCGCAUGACCGUAAGAAAAAACAGUGUUUCUAGAUCAUCCACAAGGAGAUGCCGAUUAUCAGCAUAGCAAAAUUGU